AUGAACAUUCUUCCCAAGAAGUCAUGGCACGUGAGGAACAAAGACAACGUGGCCAAGGUGCGGCGGGACGAGGCGGAGGCCGAAGCGCAGCGGCAGAAGAAGGAGGCCCGAGCACUACUCGCUGAACAGGAGGUACGUUGUCGCCAAGGCGCAUGCGCAAAGAUUUGCGCGUGCGCAGUUUUCUAGUCUGCGCGACGUCUCCAUUGCGCAUGCGCGUACUUUAGGCAUCUACUCUACCAGUUUAAAUUGAUGUCAAAAGGCAAACAUAUGAGGAUGGUGGUUGGGCGAGUGGAACGUGGCGGAGAAAAGCCAGGCGAAGCUCUUACGGGUGGGAAAAGCCAGGACAGUGGACUGGCGCAAAUGGAAGCAGUAAAAGAAGAAGGAGAAGAAGAAAAAAUGGAAGGAGCUGAAGCUGUUGAGGAGACUGGAGAAGAAGAUGAUGCAGGAAGUGGCAGAGAAACAGAAAGAGGAGGCAGAGCCCAUUGAAGAUAAAGGAUGCAACUACACAGUCAGCGUCGCCCUUCCGGGCUCCAUUCUCAGCAACACCCAGUCGGCAGAGUUGCGGACAUACCUUGCUGGGCAGAUUGCCAGGAUUUGCGUCAUCUUCUGCAUGGACGAGAUUGUGGUGUAUGAUGAGCAAGGGGAGGAUGCAAAGACAGUGGAAGGUGAAUUUGAAGGGAUCAAGAAGAGAGGUCAGGCCUGUGUGCAGCUGGCCCGGAUUCUGCAGUACCUGGAAUGUCCCCAAUACAUUUUUCCCCAAAAAACCAGGACCUCCAGUUUGCAGGGGUCUUAAACCCCUUAGAUAGCCCCCACCACGUGUGGAUAGGUGAGGAAUUGGAGUAUUGGGAAGGAGUGGCUUUGUCAUGACCCACCAAGCCUGGCCGGGGAUCCUUUGUGAACUGUGGAAUGCAAAAGAAGGUACAGAUUGAUAAGCAGCUGGAGGCAGGCCUUCGUGUUACAGUGCGUCUCAACCCACAGAAAAAUCCAGAGAGCCAAACACAGAAGGGGGUGGUUGUUUCAUCACACCAGCUUCGAACUGCUUCUGGGCUCUACUGGGGCUACAGUGUCUGCUUGGCAUCCUGUCUGAGUGUCGUGUUUGCUGAGUCCCCGUAUAAAGAAGGCUACGAUCUCUCCAUUGGAACCUCUGAGCAAGGGACCUCUGUGGACCAGGCAACACUGCCUCCUUUCAGACAUGCUUUGAUAGUUUUCGGAGGCUUGCAAGCCCUGGAGGCAAGCGUGGACAUGGACCUGAACCUGGAGGUCACAGAUCCAAGCACCUUGUUUGACUUUUAUUUGAAUACCUGUCCAGGGAAGGGCAGCCGCAUCAUCAGGACUGAGGAAGCAAUUCUCAUCUCUCUGUCGGUGCUGAGACCUCAUAUCAACGAAGCAGUGAAGAAAGGCAGUGGCCUCUGAAUAGAAACAGAAACUCAAGCAUCCAACACGGGCAGACCAUCAUCAAUCUUUACCUCUUCCAGCCAACUUAAGACCGAAAUGUGAAGCCGGACCAUCUUCUCUCUCUGUUGGGAGGUCAGGAAACUCACCUCCCUGUUGCCACUGGAUGAUUUGAGAGUGGAACAGGUUGGAGCAUCCAGACACAAAUAGAGGGGGAAAGGGAGAAGGACUUUGAGACUAGCUCAGCUGCCACUUCUCAGAAUCAUCAAACUUGGGAAACAGUGAAGACCUAAGUGUGGCGAUUGACUGGGGGAUGAUGCCCUCUAGCCCAAAUGCAAUCUGUUGCAACCACAUUCAUGUUUAACAUAGGAGCAACAACUUUAUCCACAAAAUUAAGACUGCUAUACCUACAGUUUAAGAAGAAACGUAUCAAGUGUGUGACCUAAUGUGAUAAUAUUCCAGUAGUAUCUUGAUCAAUGAAAUGGCCAAACCUUUUUAGGUGUAAACCAGUGGUUCCCAAAGUGGGCAAUACUGCCCACUGGUGGAGGGCAGUGCAAUUACUUAGCAGAGCAAAAAGGACUAUCAGGUGUUAAAAAGCUGGUAUCACUGGAUCAAGUUCAUCAAUUUUGUUGAAUUAAAUUAAAUAGUUUUAAUGGGGGGGGGAGGCAAACAUAUAAAAGUCAAGCACCUGAAUUCAUACACACUAUUUCCAAAACUUGCUAUAUUAAAUAGUUAACCACCAGUUACCAUUGUUGUGAAUGUCACUGUGCUUGAUCCUGUAUACAUUUGAGCAUUGAACAGAAGUGUUCCAGACAUAAGAUACCUCUUGCAUUUCAUAGAAUAUUAUAUAUAUUUUUCUAUACCCAGGAGUGUGUACAUAUAUGCUACUCUGCCAACUAUGGAUAACAUUUCAUACAUCAGAUUUAAUGGGCUGUAGUCCACAGAAACGUGUGUCACAGUAAACCUGAUAGUCUUAAAAUGCCACAUGAAUUUGUGUUGCUGCUCUUGUGUUCAUCUUGUAUAUAUACCAUGUUGCUGCUUUUUUGUUUAUAACACUUGCUCUUGACUUCUGUCCACCUAGUUCUUUGUGAAAAUACAUGAAUUUAAAAGUGGUGGGCUUAGUGGUUCCCCAAUACAUACACACACUUAACAUUUUUGCUUUGUCCCAGUCUUAUUCUAUCAUAACUCCUGUAUCCAGUAACAGAAUAGAUUUAUUGUUAAUUUGACUGCAAAGUGGCUAUCUUGCAAUGAGCUACAGGCUUUUAGAGAAUAAUGUAAGAGACUGGGAAGGAAAGGGCAGGUUGGCUAUCGUAGCAGAGAAAUGUGCCACAGCAAGGUAACUAUGCAGGCAGGGAGGGCAGGGAAUUGGACCUUGGGCAAAUUCUUCUCCUUUGAUCCUAGGCCCGGACUGAAUUCCUACGCAAGAAAGCACGCCUGUCAGCUCCAGGAGGUGAUGACAGCAGCUCGGAUAUCCUCGCUUUAGGCUCAGAAAGGCCCUCACGCCAUCUAAAUCUCUUUCAAGAGUUGGAAGAAAGUGGCAACAAAGAAUAUGAGGAGGAGAAGAGGCAAGAGAAGGUAAUGGGAGGAGGGGAGCUUGUUGUGGAGGCUUUCUUUUCACCAGCUGCAAACUUGGUGGUCUAAAGGGCUCCAACCCAGCCAGGGUGCCACAUGAACUCCUUUGCCCCACUUGCAGAAAAUAACUCUGGCAGAGUUGGUGUGGGGUGGUUUGGGUUCUUGCUAUCCUCUGGCUGUGCAAGGGCAAAAUGUGGAGGGCUUGUAGCAUACAUAUUCAGGGGUUUAUUUAUCUGGCAAAGAAAUUUAUUUUUGAAGUAUCUGUUCCCACGUGCCUGUCAUACAUAUGGAACCCUGGUUUGCCAUGUCCUUUGUGCUCGAUGUGCUUCCCCUUCCAGAAAAUAUAGGCUUCCAGCUUCCACCCUUUUGGGUUAGCCUUCAUUGUAAUCUGUUACUGCCUGGUAAGUACUCACUGGAAGGAAAAGAAUAUACUGUAGUGAGGCCCAGUGAAUGGUCUGGGAGCAUUCAAUGCUGUAACAUUGUUGAAGCUAAGUGGAUAGAGGGGACCUGAGCAGUAUCUGGCUCAGGGAUAGCCAAUACAACCCCCUCCAUAUGUUGUUGGGACUCCAACUCCCAUCAGCCUUAGUAAGCAUGGCCAAUGGUCAGGGAUGAUGGGAGUUAUAGUCCAGCAGCACCUUUGACUCCCCCAAUAUAGGGGAAAUAGGGAUGUAAGUUGACAGUCCAUGGAGCAAUCUCACACAGGCAGCAUUAACAGUACUUCGAGUAACACUGCUUUGGGUUAUUUCACUCCUCCCAGGAGCGCCGGGAAAAAGCUCUGGGUAUCCUCACGUACUUGGGCCAGAGUUCAGCAGAGGCCCAGACGAGUCGUCCCUGGUACCAGGAGCUGCCAGAACGCAGUGAGGCGGUCGCCAAAGAUGAGAAGCUGAAAGGGAAGUUGGAUCCCCUGGCCGAGAUGGAAAGGCACUUGCGGAAGAAGAAGGGAUCCCACAAGAAAGAUGGGAAGAAAGACAAGCGGGAGCAAAAAGGAGGCGGAGGAACUCUGGCUUUCAGGUGCGUUCCUUUAGCAGCCUAGGCCACAGCACAGGACACUGCUGCUUCUUCCUGCUGGCUGAGACUGGACGCCCCAGACAACAAACACCCACCCUUAGGAGGGGUGGGGGAGGGAAGCCACACAUGUGGGAAAUGCAAGGUGUGCGUUUCAGGUAGCACCUCCCAACUGUAGGUGGCUGCUCUGAAAAGAGGAAAAUGCUCUUUUGUAUAAAGUAAAGGGGAGUUUUACAGAGCAGCAGUUACAGCCAAGUCUUAAGAAAUAGGUCAAUGAGUGUGAGGGGGUCGUUUGCCUGCUUUUGUGCUGCUUCAAAGAAUCCAGCUCUCAGAGAUAAAAGACUUAACAGUAGUUUGUCAAAGUAAUAAAAUUGACUCCUGCUCUGUUGCAGGGUGGGAUAUUGGCCCUGGAAAGGUGGUGGAGGGGGACUGGAAGUUCAGCCUUUAAGUAUUGCCUCCUACUAGUCAGGCAGUGCCCUUUUGUCAGGUGUUGAAAGGAGAAUAUAGGGCAGGUGUGGGGAACCUUUGGCCUGACAGAUGUUGCUGAACCUCAGCACUACCCCUAAACUUACGUCCCCUCCCCUACAUUUUAUUGGCAAUAGCCUCUGUCGCCUCCCAAAACAGCAGGACAAGAGCACAAAAUAAAGGAUUCCUGUAGGCAGGAUGGUGAGGAUUAGAUUCGCAGGGUCCCAUCGACACUUCAGUUUCUAAUCCAGGCAUGUGGAACCUCAGCCCCAGGCGUAAACUCAGCCUUCUGGGGCUCUGUUUGGCUCUUGAGACUUUCCAGGCUGCAUCCCUCUCACCAGCUCCGUUUUGCACCCUUAAACGCUGAUAUUUUUUGCUGCCUCAGAUGGAGGAUAGAGGAGGAUAUGUAAGUGUAAAGAAGCUAGUCUACUGUUUUUCAUAUAUUUCAUAUUUUUUGCUUUUGCCUCUGGGCCUGCUUACCACCAGAAUGCCCUCUGCCAAUACAGCCUCUGGGCUGAAAAGGGCUCCCCACUCCUCUUCUUAAACCCUUUUGUUUCCAUUUCAGGCCUGCCCCUUCCUCGGCAUCGUCGUCAUUGGAGCAACUGCGCCAGGAGAGGUUGCGCCGCGAGAAGGCAGAGCGAGCCCGCGCUGAGAGCCUUCUAGCCCAAAGGGCAGGCACCCUCCCACUCCAGGAGGAGGAAGCAGAUGAAAGAAAACGGGGCUACAACUCUCAGUUUAACCCGCAACUGGCAAGAAAGAGGGUCUGGGAACCACAGUGA